AUGGAAGUGGACAAUUACGGGCCAGUCGUGAAGAUGGGCUCCGGGCACGAGCUGCGGUUCGAGGACGACGCAGACUUCGAAGAGUCGUACAAGGAGCGAGCCGUCAACGAUCUGCGAGAGACCCCGGAGCGCCGGGCAGAGGCUCUUGAGGAACUCCGCAGACUUAUCAGAGAGGAGAAAAAACUUUACCUUCCUACUGACGAAACCACAGAACUGUACUUGUUAGCCUUCUUGAGAGUCUGCAAAUUCUACCCGGAUAGUGCAUUCAAAAGGGUGAAAUUUUUGUACAAAUUACGCCAGAAAAAUCCAAAGUACUGCAAUGACUUACUACCAAGCUUAGAAAAAAACGUCUUCGCUCAAAAUAUUCUUACAGUCUUACCAUCACGUGAUCAACACGGAAGGAGAAUAUUGAUCACAGAAUGUGGACAGAGAUGGAAAGUUAAAAAUUGCACACUGACAGAGAUCUUUCGCGGUGUCGAGCUGGUGAUUGAAGCGGCUAUUCUCGAGCCUAGAACUCAAGUGUCGGGCACUGUGCUGUUGGUGGACUUUGCUGGUCUCACCAUAAACCACGUGUGGCAAUUCACACCAAACUUCGCUAAACUGGUUUUGGACUGGAUACAGUAUUCAAUGCCCGCAAGACUUAAAGAAGUGCACAUCGUAAAUCAACCGUACAUAUUUAACAUGGUUUUUGCAAUGUUCAAACCAUUUAUGCAAGAAAAAUUAAGAAAUAGAAUGCUUUUGCACGGUUAUGAUCACUCAUCAUUAUUAGCACAUCUGGAUGCCAAAUGUUUACCAACUAAAUACGGUGGUCUCAUGGACAUAGAAACCGACCAAGGCAUAGAUUUAUGGAACUUACUGUGUUAUUACGAAGACAACUAUAAAGUGACAAAUGAAUUCGGCUACAAAAAGAAGAAAUAA